CCAUUGGUCCGAGGGACACGUGACACUGGCCGUCCCGUUCGCAGCGCGGCACGACGUAAUGUCGGACGACCAUAACCUACCUGCCUCCGGCAUCAUCCUUCUUCUUCUUCUUCUUGUGCCUCUCUUCCGCGACGCGACCCGUUUCUGCUGUCUGUCUGGGAUCUCCGACUACCUCCGGCGUCGCCCAGCGUCGUCCGUCUUCCUCGUCGACCACCAUCCGACGUUGUUCUCGCCGCUCGAAAGUCCACCCCUCGUAAAUGUCAGCGCCACGUUCGUUCAAAAAAAUGUUACACGUCAGAGGAGUGGGUAUACGAUUGGCCAGUACAUUAGCAGGCAGGAGUUCGUCUAAAAAAAUGCUAGAUUCGAUGAUAAGAAUCGAUCAUGCUGGCGAAUUGGGAGCCGACAGAAUAUACGCCGGACAAAUGGCCGUACUAGGCAACACGGCGAUUGGACCGACUAUACAGCACAUGUGGGAUCAAGAGAAACGACACCACGCCAAAUUCGAGGAAUUGAUUCGCAAGUAUCGAGUCAGACCCACCGUCCUCACCCCACUGUUGAAUAUCGCCGGAUUCGCUCUGGGUGCCGGUACUGCUCUCAUGGGUGAGAAAGCAGCGAUGGCGUGCACUGUGGCAGUGGAGACUGUGAUCGUUGAACAUUACAACGAUCAGUUGCGUACGUUGAUGGCGAAUAGCGACAAUGUGGACGAAGAGAUACUCGAAACUAUAAAGAAGUUCCGAGAUGAAGAACAACAGCAUCAUGAUACGGGUAUAGAUCACGGCGCCGAGCAAGCUCCGUUUUACCAAGCUCUGACAAAUGUGAUCAAAUGCGGCUGCAAAACAGCUAUUUCAAUUGUUAAAGUGAUAUGAAUAUAUCUGCAAGUG